AUGGCUUCAGGUAACCACAAAUCGGACUACCAGGCAUAUCGACCGCUGGAUGACACGUUCAGGGUUUUGUCGUUCGAUUCCAGAGGCCACGGCGAGAGCUCUGCCACGAAGCCGUACACAUUUGAGCAGAUUGUUGAUGAUAUCGAUGGUAUGCGGAAGCACUUUGUGGGCAACGACAGGAUUAUUCUGAUCGGAGGCAGUUUCGGCGGCUUCCUCGCGCAGCACUAUGCCAUCAAGUACCCGUCGAAUCUGACACAUCUGGUCCUUCGAGGGACUGCUCCUUCCUACCAUCAGGAAGAGGAUGCCAUCAAAACUCUCGAGCAGAGGAUAGCCAAGGCACCUAGCUUUUCCGUGGAAAUGCUCAAGAAUAAGGUAUUUGGGGCGUAUGAGAGCGACCUGGAGUUCCAGCUCGUCCACCUGGCCAUGCUGCCUCUGUACAGCGAAGCCUUUGACGCGAAUGCCGCCUUGCAGCAUUGUCUUCACAAUGUCUACAAUGCCGAGUCUCACAACGACCUGUACGCGGAGAGCGAGAAGUACUUUGACUACCGUGACAGACUGCCCAGCGUGACGGCCAAGACUUUGGUGUUUACGGGCGACAAGGACUGGAUCUGCCCACCAGAGCACUCGGUCGAAAUUGCCAGGCGCAUCCCGGGAGCGUCUUUGUUCAUUGUCGAGAAUGCAAACCACAGUGUGCAUCUGGAGAAGCCGGUCGAGGUGCUUGGUCGUAUUCGGGCGCACUUGGCGAGCUGA